AACAAAACAAAGAACAAUAGCUAAAGAGGAGGGAAAGAAGUGAUCAAAACAUGUUUCAGUAUACAGCAAAUGAGCUGUACAAGAUUCUUUCCGAAUCAUCAUAUGACGUGAACCACAAAUGUCAAGUGAUAACAGAGCUCAAGGCUCAUAUCAAGCACGAAUUUGUGGAUUUAGCCCAAGUCCCUCGGUACUUUGAGGCUCUCAGGGUUGGUGUGAAGUCUUCAGACUCUAAGCUCUCCUCAGUUUCUUUCAGUUCUACGUGUCACUUGAUCAAAAGGGUAGGCAUGCAAGACCCAAAUGCCCUAAGAGGUCCUUCAAAGAUUAUAUUGCCAAUCUUGAUAAAUAGACUCUUGGAUCCUAAGCCGGUAUUUCAGCAACAAGCAAGGUCUACUCUAGAAACAUACUGGCUUGCAACUCCGACUAUUGUGGAAAAAUACAUCAAGGAUAAUGCUUUGAUACAUUCGAACGCGCGCGUAAGGGCAGAGUCUAUUGUCUUUGUAUCAGACUUGAUUGAGCUGAAUAAGAACUUCAACUUUCAGCAGCUCUUGCCUAACGUGGUUAAUAUGUUGCGUGAUCGCAACAUCGAAGUUGUGAAGAACGCUGAAGUUCUCUUAGUAAAAUAUUACACGAUACACAAGUCAAAGGUGCAGGAAUUAGCAGAUGAAUUAACUUCACAAAAGAUCGAAAGCAAGAAGGCCAUCAAACUAUUGAGGGGUAUUGAUGCUACAGCAGCAGCUUCUUUUGAAGCUGAGGCUAAAACUUCUACCUCCAACAAGCCUAUGAUCGAUACGUUUAGCAAUUUGUCCAGAACUCAAAAGAAAACUUCAUCCACUUUAGCUCCUAAUGUGAGGUUGGCGAAAUUGCCAUCAACUGACUUCAGUGAUAUACUCGGAAGUGUUCCAACUGCAAAACUUGAUCAAUCUAUUUCGCCUGUCGUUGUACACUCUUCUUCGAGCCUCCAAAAGGAAAUUGAGGCGUUGCUUCCUCCAUUCCAAGGGAAGGAGACAGAAUUUAAUUGGAAUAACAGAGAGAAGAACAUUAUCAAGCUCCGUGGGUUGAUCAUUGGAAAUUCAGAGAAGUAUCCCGAUGCAUCAGUAUCUGGAAUAAGAUUAAUGCUUGACGGUAUCAACAAAUCUAUUCUUUCUUUGAGAACAACUUUGUCCUCAAACGGAUGCCAACUUGUGAAAGAAAUUGCAUUCUAUAUGAAUAGCAAUAUUGACCCUAUUGCUGAGAGCUUAUUCAAUCCAUUGGCUACAUUGACAUCUGCAACGAAGAAGAUCUCAUCAUUAAAUGCAUUUGGUGCUAUCUGUGUUUUAUUGGCAAAUACCAGUUUUAACGGACGCUUAUUCAACCAUUGCUACAACCUUUUCCUUGAUAAAAAUAUUCAACCAAGACUUUACUCAUCCACAUUUUUCAGGAUAUUUAUCCAAAGGCAUUCUGGUCGUCUUGACAAUUCACAGCUCGAAACUUUACACAGAUGGAUAGCCAAAGGUAUAUGUGAUCCAAAUACCACCGUUAGAGAAUCUAUGAGGGUUACAUUUUGGAUCUUUUACAGAUUUUUUACUGAACAAGCUCAGACAAUUAUUACGAAACAGGAUAUGAAUGUGAAGAAGGCCCUCGAAAGAUCACGACCACGUGAUAUUGAGCCUAUCAACACAACGCCAGGCUCUGUCAAACAAGGAAUGCCUUCUUUGGAACGAAAACGUCCUUCAAUAAAAGAAAUGAUUGCCUCCAAGAAAAUGGAUAGAAGAUCGGUCUCUGGUCCAGAAAUUAGUGAGUCAAGUCUCAAUGAUGACACAUCAGCAGCAUCUGAACUUGGUAAACCUGCACGGCUUGGUUUGCCACAACGUGUAAGAGUGUCUAGUGCAGGCGUGCAAUACCCUCUGGAAAGGCAACUUUCUAAAGGUAGGACAGAUGAGAAACAAAAGUGGAUGACAUCAGCAUCCAGAGAGAACACUGUUGAUAUAUCCAAGAAAGAUUCUACGGAAGGCGAGACAACCAUUCAAAAUAUGAUCAAAUUGUUACAAUCCCCACUGACACGUGAAAGAGUUGACGGAAUCGAGAUAUUAAUCCAGCAAUUUGAUUCAACUAAUGAAAUUCCAGACUUGGAGGCUGUGUUGAACAACAUUCUAGUGUUAGACACUCAGUUAUUGAAGCCCCUUUUAAGUCAUGAUAAAUUCUUUAACAUGGCUCAACCUUCAUUUUUCAUAAAACUUUUGGCUGUUUACAAUAUGGGCAUUGAUGACAUUCGACUGAGAUAUGGGACUUUGGAAACAUGUAACGCAAUUGUGUCAUUAAUGAAUUCUUUGGAGUCAUUUCAUUUCAGCGAUGCACCUUCAACUAUGUUCCACAUAAAAUACAAAAACUUGUUCUUGGAUUACUCGGUGAAGAAUCUUUAUAUCUUACUCUCUGAAAGCGAUUUGAAACUUGAUGAUAUACAAUUUGAGAAGAUUUGUUCCGCUGUCUUCCCCUUAUCGAUUAGUGAUUAUCCGAAGUACGAUGAGCUAGUUGUUCUUCUUCAUGGGUUGAACACUUCGUCAUUUGAGCAUGCUCUUGACUCAUCCAAUGCCUACGUAAAGUCGAAGAUCAAAAUGAUUUUAGAUGACUUUAAGGAGGAUAAUGAAGACAUGGCGUUAGAACACACAAUUCCUGUUGAGCUCACGAUGAUUAAUCCGUUUUCUUCGAAAAAAAUUCCAGUUCAGGGAACUAAUGUACAGGAUGAUGUGCCACAUCAAAAUGUUGAUUAUAUGAGUGAUAUUUUCAAUGGAUCAAAAGAGACAACCAAUAACUUUACUUUUAUUGGUCCUGCCAAUGCAGUUCAUAGGGCGUUGGAACAAGAAGACAAGGAAAUGGUGGACUCAUCUCCAGAACCAGAAAUACCUAAUCCUCUAUUUAAUGACGAAAUUCACUCUGUUGGGUCUCCUUUCCUGAACGAUCCUGCUGAGGAUGAUCAUAUCAAACCAAAGCUGGAAACUGAUGAGCAAACACAUACAAUGACUGUUAACUUGAAUGAUGUUCAUAUAUCUCCAGAAAAACACAUCGUUACACCAAAGACAUUCGUCGCACCGGACAGAAAAUCUCUUACUGAAAUGAUCAGUAAAUCUGACCCAAUUUUCAGUAAGACUACUCCUAGAAUCCAAAUCUUUGAGGAUGCACCAAAUACCUCAGUAGGUGAGAGAAAACUAUUCGAUCUUGAGUUAUCCCGUUUCCAAAAUGUAAAGGCUGAGGAUCCAACUGUAUCAAAACUUCUCCAGCUUUCAGAUCUGUUCAAGGACGAUAAUAUUGAUAGAAAUACCAUGAACUGUGCAAUAAAGACUUUACAGCAAUCUGUGAGCAAUGAGGAGGUUCUAUCAUGGUUGAAGCAUAGCGGUUUUAUGACCUUAUCGAAAAGUGUGAUACACUAUUUCCACAAAAGUAUGAACAUCUCUGCAGAAUUAUGCUUCAAAGGUUUGAUUGUGAUAAAAGAACUUCUUAUCAUAGAUCAAUUUUUGGACGGUUUAUUGACACUUUCUGAAGCAAAAGAAAUUUGGAAUAUUGCAAAUAUGGUUGUUGAGAACUUAAAGACUUUCAAGAGUCCCAUUUUCAUCUCUGUUGAUGAGUUGGUUGAUGAUUUAAUCGAUUUGAACAUUGACGACUUCAAAUCAGAAAUUUUAAAGAAUUGUCUUUCUCAGCUGAGAGAGUCUAAAGCUGUUGUACCGGCAUCGUUCUUACUCGAUACUCUAGCGAAAUGUAUUGAGUUUGAUGUCAUUACUAUUGACCAAAUCAAAGAGAUAGACAACACUAUUUUUGGAUUCUUGUCUCAUGACGAAGUUGAAAUAAGAAGAUUGACUAUAAUUGUGUAUUCUAAGUGCAAGCGGACUCUACAACAGCUUAACUCCAAUGCACAAGUUAAGGACAUGGUCAAGAAUCAUCACGAAUGCUCUGAGUAUCUGUUUGACAAAUUAACUGUGCCUCAACGUAAAUUGGUUGAUUACUACUGUGACAAUUGAAUAAAUUAGCACCAUAUUUUU